AUGGCUACAGGGGAGCAGGAGCGGCGACGGCAGCGACAGCAGAGGGCUCAGCAGCAAGAGCUGCUCCUGGCAGAGAGCCUUGGCAAGCACCCCCUGCAGAACAGGUGGGCAUUGUGGUUCUUCAAGAACGACAAGAGCAAGAUGUGGCAGGCAAACCUGCGCCUUGUCACCAAGUUCAGCACUGUGGAGGACUUCUGGGCGUUGUACAGCCACAUCCAGCUUGCCAGCAAGCUCACAUCUGGCUGUGACUACUCCCUCUUCAAGGACGGCAUCGAGCCUAUGUGGGAGGACAGCCAGAACAAGCGUGGCGGGCGCUGGCUUAUCACCUUGGCCAAGCAGCAGCGGCACACUGAGCUGGACCGCUUCUGGCUGGAGACGGUGAGUACAGCCCCAUUCAGGCUGGCCCACAGGGGUCCCAGCAGUGGCAUUCCCCCCCGCCACAGUGCCCAGCCUCAGCAGAGACUGUCCUGGCUCCCCUUCUCCUCUGGGCAGCUGCUGUGCCUCAUCGGGGAGAUGUUUGAUGACUAUAGCGACGAGGUGUGCGGGGCUGUUAUCAACAUCCGUGCCAAGGGGGACAAGAUUGCCAUCUGGACCCGGGAAGCGGAGAACCGGGAAGGGGUCACCCACAUCGGGCGCGUCUACAAGGAGCACCUGGGCCUGUCGCAGAAGGUGGCCAUUGGGUACCAGGCCCACGCGGACACAGCCACCAAGAGUGGUUCCCUCACCAAGACCAAGUUUGUGGUGUGACUGUGGGGGGAGCAGGGCA